AUGAAGCAGGUAGCGACGAAAUUUGGGCAAGUCCCAACAUCUUUUAUUGUUUCUUUUUCAUUACUUUCCACAGGAGAACCUUUUUCAUUCCAUAACAAAGCCAAAUUACAACGAUAUCUACAUCCAGUCCAAAGCAAACGACGACUUGCCGCUAGCCGAAAGCCUUCACAAGCGCGAUUUGACCAAACCAUCGACCGCUACGUCAAUUUUGUCUUUCGCAGCAUCGAAACUAUAAAGUUUACAAAACGUUGGAACGACCUCGACACCCUACCACGCGGCCGAUCGAUCAAGAAACACCACCUCUUGCAACUAUUCAAAUCCCUCCACAUCAACCUAUACGAGGACCUCGCCGUCGCCGAAAACACGCUCAAUGCCGAAAUCGAACAACGUGGGGACAUGGUCGACCUUUACCGCCAAUACGUCCAACAACAAAACGAUAUGAUUGAAGAAAAUCUUCGCGUUUUUAAAGGUAAACAUUGCCGCGUCAUCACCGCACGCAACACCCUACUUUCCAUGUACACCAAAUUUGGCAACGCCGUCCUUUUCGACCCAAUAUGGGAUGCAGCCAGUCAAAACACGGCUUCAGGAUUGCCUGGCCGUUCAGACUCGUUCCGAGCACUCGUCGGUUUGUUUUGCAAGGGGGAACCUACCAUCGAUCCAGGUGCCGAAGAAGCAUUUCAAAACAUUACCUCUGCCCUCGGUAUUUCAGGUGUAGUAGAUGUGUAG